AUGGAGCAGUUUAUUACAAAACCGAAACCCAGUUACAUUCGAAACAAUAACCUCCGCGCGCCACCACGCGACAGUGACAGCAUCUUCGGUAAAUUGUUCAUCCUGGUGGUCAGCGCCGUAAACCCUACCGCUGCUGGGCUCACUUCAACAAAGAAAGAAGAGAACGUUUCCAUUGUGUUGGACUGUGUGCUGCUGCGAAAAGGACGCGCGAUGCCCAGCCAUCAGUACAACACUCGAAACGCCAAUCGCCACGAAACGCCGACGACGGUGAGCGUCAGAACCCGCGAAACAACACGAAGCCGGCGUCCCCGACGGCGAUGUGGCCCUCGCUUCUUUACACGCUCAAUGCUGGAGCGCUGGGUCGCCGCUAUGCCUCGGGUGACACCAUGGAGCCAGCCGGAACUGGUCGACCACGUAGCUGAACUAUCGCCUCAACCAGGUGUGACGACGCACGUCGUUGCCGGACACGUCGUGCAGGAGUCGAGCGAAGCAUUCUCGAUCGGUGUAAAUCAACAAGGCUCUCGGGAGUCCGCACAAGCUACCCCUGACGUGCGGCUCGGACUGGCAGUGUCGCCGCGGGUUUCUCUGGCGGUUCCCAAUCUGCCGUUUGACAGCCCGAAUGAUGCGCUGGCUGUCGUCGACCACGCUGCGCAUCGGGAUGCGGCGGCUGCAUUAGCUGCGGCCGGUAAGUCGAGCUUCGAACACGAGCUGGCCCCAAGUGAGGCACUACCGCCGCUGAUAUUGGUGCCGUGUGUGUUGAGCCCGAAGCACGACCCGGCCCCGACCGUGGUGUGCACCUGCAAACGCCAACUUGCUGCUCCUCGGGAUGGCGAUACGAUGCCGAACAUCUCCUCGUCACCAACCACGGCUUCGGAUGCAGGCCCGGCUCUGAACGUAUCUCCGAACUCGGCGUCUGAAGCAAGGGAUUGCGGAGACGUGUUGGAAAAAGUGGCCGCUUCAGCACCGUCGACUGCAGCGGCGCCGGACCGGCGCAAUGAUAGUGACAAGCUGCUGGAGCCAUCGGCACUGCCGGUAGAGGAUCUGAGAAGCUGGACGGUCGACGACGUGGUGGACUACGUCUGUGGGAUACCGGGAUGCCAGAAAUUCGCCGGGGUGUUCCGUGAACAGGAUGUGGACGGCGAAGCCUUGCUUCUGUUGGAUUUGCGCCACCUGCACGCCAUCAUGAAUCUCCCUCUGGGUCCGGCAUUAAAGAUAUUGGACGCCAUACGGUCACUUCGCAGUAAUCUGGCGCAGUGA